GGUAAUGGUUUUCCCAGCGUCUCUUGGGUCCGGCCUUCCGAAGCAGAGUCUGGGGCAGUUAAGAAGUGCUGUGCAGACAGUACUGGAGCGGGUGCAUUCUGAGCCCUCAACUGGGGCCUGGCGGAGCCCUCUCUCGCUGGUGGGCACGGAAGAUGCUCUUUUGCAGCAGCUGGCCGAUUCGAUGCUCAAGGAGGACUGCGCCUCGGAGCUGAGGGUCCACCUGGCAAGGUCCCUCCCUCUGCCCUCCAGUGUGGAUCGGCCCCGAAUUGACUUGAUCGUGUUUGUGGUCAACCUUCAUAGCAAAUACAGCCUCCGGAACGUGGAGGAAUCCCUGCACCACGUGGACGCCACCUUCUUCCUGGGGAAAGCGGCCUUCCUUGCCACCGGCGCUGGGCGAGAGAGUCACUGCAGUGUCCACCGAAACACGAUCGUGAAGCUGGCCCACACCUACCGAAGUCCUCUGUUCUUCUGUGACCUGGAGGACGCUGAGGCCUGGGGCACACGCGAAGUGCCCGCCCUUCCAGACUUUCCCCACAACAUACCCCAGAAACCCAAGACUUCGAGAGGAGAGGCGACUCGCUCAGUCAUACAGCUACUCUGCUCUCCUCGCUCUGCCAGUGGGGCCCCGCGCUGCUCCCUGAGCACACGAAUGAGUCAGGCAUGGAGCCUGCCCUCUCAGAACCCGGUGAGGCAGAGACUUCUACCCCCGGCGGCUAGACCCAGCAGUCAUGGUGUAGACGUGAAGGACGUGCAGAGACCUGGUGGCCUGGCAUGGGAAGACGCCGUUCCUUCCUAUAGAAGGCUUUCGGGCCACCAUGGCACAGCGCCUGGUACGCAUGCUGCAGAUCUGCGCUGGCCACGUGCCCGGUGUCUCAGCCCUGAACCUGCUGUCCCUGCUGAGGAGCUCUGAGACCCCGGCCCCAGAGGACCUGUAAGGGCUGCUGGCCCCCGAGCCGCCGCUCCCCCCGCCUGGCGACUGGUAGACUUCCGCUGUCGCUGAAGACGGGGUCGGGGCUUGGCGGGCCCUGGCUCAGCGGUCAGAUGCCCGCACGACCCAACUCGUCCCAACUCGUCCGCGCUCCAGCGGGGAGCCCAGCUGGCGGGCCUGCAGCUCUUUCCCUCCCGCAGAGCCCGUGUCUUCACCCACCUGCCCGGAUACAUCGCCACUUCAGGCUCCAUUUGAACAAAGCGUCCACGGCUCAAAACGAUUCAGAAAAACGCUGGCCUCCUCCAUCACCUUGAUUUUGCAGAUGAGGACACGGACUCGGAACAGUGAGGAGGGCCGGGCAGAGGGGGCAUUGCACUCUGUGACCCAAUCCGACCCACAUCCUGGCCUUGCCGUUCUUCAGGAACCUGGUGUUGCCGUUUGGAGCCUCAGUUUCCCCGGGUGCGGAGUGGAGGUCGUCCUGCUGACCUUGUUGCGUUGUGAGGGCUGAGUGAAGUGACCGAGGGGACAAGGCUGUGGUUGUAUUUCUCCCUCCACUUGUUGUGUGCUCUAGGUAUUUCAUAAUCCGUUGUAUCAAGGUGCCAGCCAAGUGCUCAGGGAACAGUAACCAUUGUUUGAAAUCACACAGAACUGGGUUCAAAAGCUGGUGCAAAGCCAGGAAUUAAACCGUUUGUGAACUCCUAA